AUGCCACGAUUCUUUAGUACGCGGAAUAAAAUUAGCAUUUGCCAUCCACUGAACAUACUUUGGCUCUGCAUUUUAUGUCUGGUAUAUCUUUUCACUUUACGCCAAGAUGCAGCAUCCAAAGCUAGGCUAGUCUCAUUGGAGAGUCCUUCUGCUCCAUCUCCACGCAUCUUUUGUGUGAUUGUGACCUAUGCCUAUCGGCAUCGUGUUGCCUUUCAUAUCUAUCACACCUGGGCAAAUCAAUGUGACAAGUAUCUCUUUGUUAGCGAUGAUUCCCAUGAGGUCUUGGAGCCGGCUGUCUUUCAAAAUUUUAAUGAUAAAUGGCAAAGAAUGCGUGCCUAUAUGGAAUAUUUAUAUAAAUAUCAUAUCAAUGAAGGCGAUUGGUUUCUCUUCGCCAACGAUGAUAAUUUCGUGAUUGUAGACAAUCUGAGAUUAAUGCUUCAGAAAUAUAGCUCAGAUGAAUUGAUCUACUUUGGCUGCAAGCUAAAAAAUCCCCAAAACCAGCCUUAUAUGCUAGAGUCGUCUGUUAUGGUCUUAAGUCACUCUGCUCUGAAGCGUUUUGCUCUUGAUGCAUUAACUAAUGAAAAUUUAUGCAGUUCAAAGAGUCUGGGAAAUGCUGCCUAUGAGGAAUUUGGACGGUGUCUUAGCAAUGUCAAUGUCAUAGCUGGCGAUAGUCGCGAUGACAAUAAAUUGCAUAGGUUUUUGCCAUUCGAAACAACGGUUCAUUUGGGGUAUAAGCCCUUGAAUGCAUCUUUAGAAGAGCACAAAUAUUUCAUAGAUCGUUCAUUCGAUGAAGUGCCAAAUCUUAAACUGCCAGUAUCUCCGAUUUGUAUAAGUUAUCACAUGGACAAUAUGGAUCGCAUAUAUAAUUUGUAUUAUUUCAUUAAGAAUGUCAAAAUAUUUGGAUUUGCUCGAAAACUAAUUCCGGCACUACCAAAAACGAAAAAGAAUAAUUAACUAAAUGCAAUUUGUUUGAUUACUUGCCACUUUAAUUAGUAUAAGAUUUUUCUUUACAAAAUAUCACAUUUGCUUAACAUUCUCCCAGAA